AUGCCGCUUCAUGUCUUCGACCUCCCACAACUUUACACAAAACCAACGGCAACCGAUAUCCUGCGAGCUUUAGAACGACUGGCUGUUAAGCCACGCAGCUUCAACUACAACGAUGGCAACGCUCAACUAUCGAUCCUCCAAACCGGAAUUUCGCAGUACCUAACGUCCAUCAUCGCCAGCGCAUUAUCAUGGAUUGACUCCGACGAGCUCCGUGAAUCCAUCUGGGACGCCGCCAGCGCUCGCCUCUGUGAACGCUCAGGAAGGGCUGCUAUGCCAUCCAUCUCCCGCGUCUUCACCAUCCCCAUGACCCAGCAAACAAACUUUCAGCUAACUCUCCACGAACCCUCCCUCACAUCUGAUAACUUGGGUAUGAAAACUUGGGUCUCCUCCUACCUGCUCGCCAAACGCCUCCAUUCCUUCCUCACAGUACCUCAUUCAAUCGUCCCAUCGAUAUCUAAGAUCGACCGCCGCCUCCGCGCUCUCGAGCUGGGCUCUGGAACGGGAUUGGUCGGACUCUCCUUUGCGGUCCUUUGGGGAUCCGCGGCCUCCAUCCGCCUCACGGAUCUGGACUCCAUCGUACCCAAUCUAGCUCACAACGUUGAAAUAAAUCAAGAGCUGUUGCGAAAGACGGGCGCGAGCGUGUCGACGGGUGUCCUGAACUGGUCUUUGGAAACAGAUGCGCGCCCUGAGCCAGAUAGCGACAAACGAUGCGAUGUUAUUCUCGCUGCAGACCCUCUGUACUCUUCUGAUCAUCCGCAGUGGCUUGUGCAGACAAUCCAGCGCUGGCUAUACCCUGAUGCCGGGUCAAGGGUGGUAGUUGAGAUGCCAUUGAGAGAUGCUUACUUGCCGCAAGUUGAAGAAUUUAGGUACCGGAUGGAGGAGGCGGGUUUGGUUGUCUUGAUGGAGGGCGAAGAGAUCGGGUUUGAUGAUUGGGAGGGCAGUGAUGGGACGGCGCUGGAGGUGCGGUGUUGGUGGGCCAUAUGGGGGUGGCGAGUGAGGAACAGGACACUCCCUGAAGCCCAUCCUCAACUUGUUGGCAAAUGGGAUGGCACAGAGCCUAAUUGCCUAGUACCAUCCGGACCCUUCAUCAAGCUCCUAAGGAAAGGCUUCAAGUUGAAAAGUGGGAUUGAUCACCUCUUCCACUCAAGCCACAAUGUUGGUCUCCUCACCCAUAUCUUUCAUCCCAAUCGUCAUCAGUGUCUGCGAACGAGUGAGCGACUAGAAGAAAUCAAACGAACGCAAAAUAGACGAAAAGCGCCUCGAGAGAUUUUACUCGAUGUCCUCUCUGUGCAGGAAGCAUAA